AUGGCUCCGAUACCUGUCUCGUGGCUGCUCCGCGUGGCUGCCCUCUGCCAUCUGACCGUCCUGCUGGCUGGACAACACCUCGGAGUGACGAAAUGCAGCAUCACGUGCAACAAGAUGACCUCGGAGUUACCCGUGAAUUUACUCAUCGGCUAUCAACAAAACCAGGAAUCCUGUGGCAAACGCGCCAUCAUCUUGGAGACCAAGCGACACAGGCGUUUCUGCGCCGACCCAAAGGAGAAAUGGGUCCAAGAAGCCAUGAAGCAUCUAGACCAAGCAUCUAGCCAGGCUGCUGCUCUGACUGGAAACGGCGGCACAUUCGAGAAGCAAAUUGGCGCGGCUGAGCCCAGGACCACCCCGGGCCCCAGGGGAAUGUACGAGGCCGCAGCCUCAGAGCCCGAAGCCACCGGGGAAAGCCGCGGUCUGGAGAUGACUCCGUCUUCCCAGGAGGCGCACAGGGCUUUGGGGACUUCCCCUGAGCUGCCAAUGGGAGUGUCUGGUUCCUCAGUGACCAGGUUCCCCCCAACUUCAAAAGCUCGGGAUGGAGGCCCCGAGGACACCGAAAUGUCUACGCUGGCUGCCGUCUCCACUGCCACAGCCUGGCAGAGUUCCACAGCCUCCCCGCCCGGGACUGGCCUCUGGGCCGAGGAGAAGACCUCUGAGGCCCCCUCCACCCAGGCCCCCACCACCUGGGCCCCCACCCUUUCCCACCCGGCCCUGGAGGAGAACGCUGGGGCUGAAGGCCAAGCUGUGGGCACGGAGGGCCAGAGCCCCCGGCCGGAGAACUCUCUAGGGCCCGAGGAGAUGGAUCGUGUUCCAGCUCACACGGAUGCUUUCCGGGACUGGGAGCCUGGCAGCAUGGCCCACGUUUCUGUGGUCCCUGUGUCUUCUGAAGUGACCCCCAGCAGGGAGCCAGUGGCCUCAGGCAGCUGGGCCCCCAAGGCGGAGGAGCCGGUCCACGCCACGGUGGACCCGCAGAGGCUGAGUGUCCUUAUCACUCCUGCCCCUGACCCCCAGGCGGCCACGCGGAGGCAGGCGGUGGGGCUGCUGGCCUUCCUUGGCUUGCUCUUCUGCCUGGGGGUGGCCAUGUUCACCUACCAGAGCCUCCAGGGCUGCCCUCGCAAGGUGGCGGGGGAGAUGGUGGAGAGCCUUCGCUAUGUCCCCCGGAGCUGUGGCAGCAACUCCUAUGUCCUGGUGCCAGUGUGAGCUGCCCCCCUGCCUGCAUCCAGCCAUUUGACUCAGACAGCUGCCUGGGGUCCCCUGUCUUCAUACUCCCCCUCACCCAAGGGCCUGGCCUGAGCUCGGGUGA